AUGUCGUUGAUCCACUCCGAUAACCUGGCUCCCCAGCCCAUGACCGAUAUCUUUACCAGCGACACCUGCAUCGACCGCCGACAAUGUCACCGCACGGUACCCAUGAAGGUGCUGGCUCUGGGUGUGGGAAGAACGGGAACUGCCUCUCUCCGGAUCGCCUUGGAGCGUCUGGGAUACUUGAAGUGUUACCACAUGAUGUCCGCCAGCGUUGAGAACCCGCCGGACUGCUUGAUGUGGCACGACGCUCUGGCUGCCAAAUACGACGGCGUGGGUGAGUUCGGAAGAAAGGAAUGGGACCAGCUGCUGGGAGAGUGUCAGGCUGUCUGUGACUGGCCUGCCUGCGCCUUCGCCAAAGAGCUCAUCGAAGCCUACCCCAAUGCGAAGGUCAUUCUGACCACUCGCGAGGUGAACUCGUGGCAUGCUUCCGUCAUGAAAACCGUCUGGUGGCGCGUGUCCGACCCGGAGCACAGCUUCGUUUCCAACUUCAGCUGGGCCGCCGGCAUGUACUACCCCAUGUUGAACAAGUUCUUCCAGACCUUCUUCCGCGGCGACUUCCCCAACAAGGGCAAGCAGGUGUACGAGGACCACGUUGCCGAGAUCCGCAGCCUGGUGCCCCCCGAGCGUCUGCUGGAAUACCAGAUCGGCGACGGCUGGGGCCCGCUGUGCGAGUUCCUGGGCGAAGAAGUUCCCGAUACCCCCUUCCCCCGUGGCAACGAUAUGGCCGACUUCUUCAAGCGCUGCCGUACCCGCAACAGGCACCAGAUGCUCAACGCUGCCCUGCAGGCCGUCACCAUGGGCAGUGCUAUCUUGGCCACUGGCUUGGCUGCGACCAUGGCGUUUAAGCGAUUUGCUCGGUGA